ACUCUCCCAAGCCCCGCGCGGCCGCGGCGGCAUCGUCGCCGCCGUCGCCCUCCCCGCCUCCGCUGCUAGACUUCACCUUCCUCACCCCUGCGGGGGGAGGAGGGAGGAGGAGCGUCUGGAGCAGCAGACGAGCCAGCCCGUCUGGCUGAAGAAAGGGGGAAGGAGGAGAGUUGAAGGCAGGGCAAAGGAGGGGGAAUUCCGCCCGCGAAUGCAGCCUGCCAGCCUGCCUCACGGCCCGGGGUAAAGAGAGGAAGAAGAGGUGGAGGGGGGGGGCUUUGAAGCUGCUUAACUUCAGCAAAGUGAUAUUUGCGGGAGAGCAAACUCCGGGACCCAAAGAAUUGGGUCAGGGACAAAGAAGGAGUUUCCUCGCUUUUUCUCAGGGGGGAGGGCAGGUUAUUAUAUUUUGGGGAGGGGGGUGUUAUGAGAGGAACGACGCCCCCCCCCCCACACACACGUACUGGAAGCCCUCGGGGGAGGAGGUUGCGUUUUCCAGCUUCAGCUAUGGAAGCUCCACAGAAAAAAUUCAUCCUGGGACAUCCAUCAAAAGGGACUGUUGCUCAAGAAGAUGGCAGCCCUCCAUCAAAAAAAGUCAUGACAGAAAUCCAUGUAAAGGAUAAAAUGCACACAACGGUAAAUAAGUUGCCAGUCAUUAAGAAGGAACAUUUGGAUGAAUGUGAAGAAAAUCCUAUAGAUGACAGAGAAGAAGAUGCCAAACCAAAUAUUGCUGCAGCAUCAGAGCCUUUGAACUUAAAUCCUGGUUUGAAACAUACAUUGGCACAGUUCCAUUUAAGCAGUCAGAGUUCACUUGGUGGACCAGCAGCAUUUUCUGCUCGACAUUCACAAGAAAACAUGUCAUCUGUUUUUGUACCCCUUCCAUCACCUCAGAUUCUUCCUGGCCCAUUGCUUGUCCCUUCAGAUAGUUCUACAGAGUUGACUCAGACUUUACUGGAAAGGGAGUCUAUAUCUUGUUUUAAAGUUGGAGGAGAAAAGAGACUUUGUUUGCCUCAAGUUUUGAAUUCUGUCCUCAGAGACUAUUCUCUACAGCAAAUUAACACAGUGUGUGAUGAACUUUACAUCUAUUGUUCUAGAUGCAGUUCUGAUCAGCUUCACAUCUUAAAAGUUUUGGGAAUUCUACCCUUUAAUGCUCCUUCUUGUGGACUUAUCACUUUGACUGAUGCUCAAAGAUUAUGCAAUGCAUUGUUGCGCCCUCGCACUUUUCCUCAAAAUGGCAGCCUGCUUCAUGCUAAAAGUUCACUGGCCCAACUAAAGGAGACUGGAAGUGCCUUUGAAGUAGAACAUGAAUGCUUGGGAAAGUGUCAAGGUUUGUUUGCUCCCCAGUUUUAUCUUCAGCCAGAUUCCCCAUGUAUCCAGUGUUCGGAAUGCUAUGGGAUGUUUUCACCCCAAACCUUUGUGAUGCAUUCCCAUCGAUCUCCAGACAAGAGGACUUGUCACUGGGGCUUUGAGUCAGCGAAGUGGCACUGUUAUCUUCACAUUAACCAAAAAUAUUUAGGAACAUCUGAAGAAAGAAAUGUGAAGCAACUCUUAGAACAAAUGAAAGAAAAAUUUAGCACAAAGACUCAAAAAAUACCCCAGUCUAAGGCAGAUUCCCAUUAUAAUGUAGAAUUUCAGCAGUGGUAUCCAGUUAUAAAGCAAGAAACAGAUUCUACAGAUCAGUCACAUUCAUAUAUACAUCCCAGCUAUUUCUUCUACAUGUGUGAUAAAGUGGUUGCUCCCAAUGUAUCUCUUACUACUUCAAUGCCUCAAUGUAAAGAAACCACAAAAACGGUUGAGAAGAUAUCAGAGGUAUAUAAAUCAUUUCCUGGGCAGUCCCUGAAACAGCAGAAUGGUAGCAAACGCAAAAAAAGCAUCUUUUAUCAGGACAUCACUCUUGAAGGACAAGAGAAGGUUGACUUAAAGCCAACCAAAUCUGGAAUUUGUGCUAGUAUAGAUCAACCCAUAACCAUUAAACCUGCAAACAGAAGGAAAACAGAACAGGUCAGUUCCAGGGAGACUACAGAAGAUGAAAUGGAAAUAAGUGGUGAUGCACAAUCCUCAUCUCAGGCUCUUUCCAAUGGAAUUGGAUCUGAUGAUGAUAAAGGGAAAAUGAUGGAAGAAGUAAUGAAAACGUAUAUUAAACAGCAAGAAAGGCUGCAUACAAUUUUGCAAAAGAAGCAGCAUCUUCAAAUGGAAGUUGAAAUGUUAAGUAGUUCCAAAGCCAUGAAGGAGCUAACAGAAGAACAACAAAAUUUACAAAAAGAACUUGAAUCUUUGCAGACUGAGCAUGCUCAAAGAAUGCAAGAGUUUUAUGUUGAACAAAGAGAUUUAGAGAAGAAGCUGGAGCAGGUAAUAAAACAAAAAUGUACCUGCGAUUCCAGCUUGGAAAAGGACAAAGAAGCAGAAUACGCAGCUCAGUUAGCAGAACUGAGGCAGAGGCUGGAUCACGCAGAGGCCGAUAGACAAGAGCUCCAAGAUGAACUGAGACAGGAACGAGAAGCGAGACAGAAGUUAGAGAAAAUGAUUAAGGAAUUAAAACUUCAGAUUCAGAAAUCUUCAAAAAAUGGAAAAGGAAAAUAAAAUGCUAUCCAGAGUGCACCUGCAUUUUCUCAGCAAGGCUAAAAAAAUUUACCUGCCAAGGAGAGGUCAAGCCAUGGAAAAGUGAAGGUAUUGGGCACAAUUAUGGAAAACUUUUCCUGUGCAUCACACAGCAGUAGCAGAGGUGUUUGGGAACUCACAAUCAUUUCUAUGGUGAUCUGCACAAGAAAAGUUCUCGGUAGAUUAUGUCCAACAUGUGCAUAGAAAUCUACAAUAAUAUGUAUAUUUAUACAACUUCCAGACUGACCAAAUCUGUAUUUGUGCUGCUUUUUUUUAUAGUUAUGAGCAACAUUGAAAUUUUAUGUUUUACAGUGGUCAGUAUGUAUCUGUUUAUUUUACAAACUGUCUUGAGGACUCUUACUGAAUGCAACAUUCUUGAUUCAAAAUACACAGUAUCUACCUUUUUGCAUGCAAUUCAAGAAUCUAAAACUGAAAAAAAAAUUAUUUUUGCUUUGCUCCAAUAUUUCAUUUCAUGAUGCUGUAUCAAAGAGAAAACUGUUAAUUGGAAAUCAUUAAACAAUGAAAACUUCUUUAAUUGCAGUUUUUCAUGUUGAACUUUUACACUAAAUGUUAAUUAUUAAUGGUUAAAUAACCAGUUUUUAGUACUAUACUGAGUGCUGUUUUGAAAAGGGGUUGCUGAAAUUGAGUCUGAAAUAUUUUAUUUAUUCACUCUAGUGGGUUAGGAUAACAAUUUGAUAGCUAGUAAGUAUUUUCAUAUUUAAUAUUGUUCUUUGAGCAUUUCUAAACACCAAUAGGAGCUUUAUAAUGUCAUUCUUAUUUUGUGAAGUAGCAUUUUUAAUUAUCACAUUACUUCAGGAGCAAUAGCAUUCCCACGUACGAUCUUUGAGUGCAUGAAAAUAGGUGAUCUUGUCAUUUUAAAAAGUGUUACAAAGCUAGUAGGGAACAAAUGGUGUCAGAUAUUGGGAAAGUAUCUUGCCAAAAAAAAAAAAAAAAAAAGAAUCAAGGCAAACCAUCAACAUUUUUCAAAAACAACUCUAUUUGAAAAUACUAAAAUCUAAAGUAUUUGACAUUGGCAUGAGGAAGCGUCUGGUGCUAAAUCAUAAGCCUUUCAUUCCAGAAUUUAUAUAAUUGGAAGUUAAAAAGAUAAAUGAACGAAAGGAAUUUAUGGAUUUUUCCCCCCCUUAAAAUGUUGACCAAUAAAAAGUUUCAUUGAACAAAGACAUAGUUGAUGAAAAAAUUGGAAAAGUAUUGAUUCUGGGAAGCAGUUUUGCAUAGAAUAGGAAAUACAGCUCUUGACUGUACAGAAGGAAAGAAAUAAUAUGGUUUUAUAUUGUAUAUAGAUUGCUAAGUUUUAUUGCUCAAAAUGUAUUAAAUAUUUGCCAGUUGUUGGUUAUGCCUCCCUAUUCAGAUCAUUAUGCAUACAUAGUAACGUUACCUAUUAUUCCCAAAAGUAUUAACUUACUUUAUCAUAGAUUUGUGUGACUGAUGAUACAAGAAUGCUUGUGGAAAAAUGUUCUGCAAAAUUAAUGGAAAUGGACCUUUGCAGCAGUAAUUGAAGAAGCAGAUUUGUUCAUCAGAUGGCCGUCUACAUUCCUGUCCUUUCUUCUGGAAACCAAUAGUGUACAUAGAUAUAUCACAUAUUUAUGGAAAGGAAUAAACAUAUCUACAUAUAAGAAUUAUUUCACUAUUUCACAUAUAAUUUCAUACAGGUAGUCCUCGACUUACAACCGUUCAUUUAGCGACCAUUCGAAGUUACAACAGCACUGAAAAAAGUGACUUAUUGCAGCCUCCCCAUGGUCAGGGGAUCAAAAUCCAGGCGCUUGGCAACUGACUCAUAUUUAUGACAGUUGCAGUGUCCCUGGGUCACCUGAUCACCUUUUGUGACCUCCUGACAAGCAGAGCCAAUGGGGUAGCCAGAUUCACUUAACAACCAUAUUCCUAAUUUAACAACUGCAGUGAUUCACUUAACAACUGGCAAGAAAGGUCGUAAGGUGGGCAAAAUUCAAUUACCUGUUUUGUUUAGCAAUAGAAAUGUUGGCGUCCAUUGUGGUUUUAAGUCAAGCACUACCUGUAUAUAUCAGUUUAAAUCGAUAAAAGACAUCAUUCCAUGAGAUGUAGGGAAACAGUUGGAAAAUGGGCUAAAAGAAGGUUUUUUUAAAAUAAAUGACUAAAACACUAAAAAAAACCAUUCAGUUUUCCCAGCUGUAUAACAAAUUCUAGUUGUAGGUAAAAUAUUGUCAUCUUCACAGCAGCACCUAUAAUAAUCUGAUUUUGAGGUCAAUUCUGAUGGGUCAGUGGUUUAUGCAGGCAAAGAAGAAUCUUCAAAAAUCCUAGGCCUCAUAAUCUAUGACUAAAAAUCAAUCAAUUAUUUGAUUUAACACUGCAAAUUAAUUGGAAGCCAAUCGAAAUGCUGCAGAAUCAUGUAAAGGCAUAAUGUAGUCACUUAAUAUCAGCUUAGCACGUUGUGCAAUCCUAAGCAUUAAAAUCCAUGGCAGCAUGAUAUGAAAAUCACAAUAGAUUUUGUGUGUGCCAGACAACUCAGCUAUUUCAGUUGAAGCUGGCUGGAAUGUUCAGAUUCCUCAAAAGAUGACAACUGUAAAGCACAUAAUAAUUCAAUCAUUUGCUGCUGGGUGGACCUUAACCACCAAAGAGUGUGCCUAACCACAACUGAAGUUCAAAGAGUACAUUCCAAUCAAGGUGCUUGUAUUCCUUGGGUGAGCUUUUUGGAACGGGUGAAUUCAAAAUUUCCUGAGUCAUUCAGUCUUCCAACAAUAAGGUGUUAUAGCUCAUUCAGAAAGGUAACCAAGCUAAUCUGUUAUGAUAGGUUAGUAAAAUCCCUACAAAAGUCUUUUCGCAGUUACAGUUAUGCUGUCCUUUGAAAUAGUGAGAGGCAGGAAGUGAAGUGACCAUGUGGAAAAUACUGUUUUGCUGUUUCAUUAUCUUUUCAUGCUGUAAGCUACCCAGUAAAUGCCAAUUGCAUGGCAAUCCUGAUGGUCUGUAAGUAAUCCAAAAUGAUCACCUGAAGUAUAUGGCUAUGGAAUUGACCAGUUAUAUAAGGGUAAGAGUGCUCAAAAAAGUCACUUCACCAGUUUAGAUAAUUGGCUGCACACCUAAAAAAAUGUCAAACAAAAAAAAUUGUUACUAUGAUGGUAAAAAAUCAACAAGCCUAGUCACAAUCGACUUUCCUGGGUGUGUAAUAUCUAGUGACUACCAUUCAUUCCAAAAUCAGAUGUGCUUAAAAUGUCGAGCUGUAGUCACUGGAUAUUGGAAGUCUUGUUUUAGUAAGCCUGGUAAAAUGAUUAUUUUAGUAUUUUGUCAUAUGUUGACAAAACUGGUAGGAUGAUUAUAACAGUAUUUUAUCAUACGUUGAAGGCCAGUUUGGGUAUCAUACGUCACUACUUAUGCAUGUUGUCUCAUCUUAAAAUACAUUCUCAUGUAUAAAUACAUGAAAUGGUACUUUUUAUUGUUCAUCAGUAAUAGCACUAAUUGCAGUGUUUGGUAGUUGUCAAUAAUUAUCUAGAUGGCUGAGGGUUCAUGAAGACAGAUAUGUUUGACCAGAGCAUGAAAGAAAAAUAGUGUAUGAGUAGUUAACAUUCAAGCAGCGGCUUCCUUAUACUCAGUAUCAGAAGAAUUCAAACACCACUAGUUCACUUAAUAGAGUAGAUCAUGUUUUUACUUUCGAACAGAGACACCUUGUUGAAUUGAACACGAGAAGGUUCGCACUUUCAUAUGGAAAAAUAGUGUGUAUUUUAGGAUCUGAGCAAUAGCUACUGUGUUGUUUCUGUGUAUGCAGUGCAACAAUGAAGCUGCAAAAGUAAGUAUAUUAAAUAUUUUUGUAGUCCCAACAAAUACUGGAGCUGAGCUAGUGAGGGCAAUUCUAACUAUUUUAGAAAAAUAAGUUUACGAUUAUAAUAAGGGAUAGUGGUGAAAGAAAGUGAGUAGAUUUUAGAUUAUUAAGUUUAAAAACAUAAGACCAAAUCUGCACAUUCAUAAUUAAAAAUAAUAAAUAAUUUCAGCUUCUUUGCAUAUGUUUUUCUGUAAAAGUUAAGUGUAAAAUAAAAUUGUGCCAUAAGUGUCCAUAGUCAAUAAAAGAUAGUUUUAUAGUAGACUGUACAUAAGACAUAGAGCAAGUAAUUUCUUACGUUCAUCUCUUGGCACAAUGUACUUGAUGAAUAAUUUAUUCUAUUACAUAUACAGCUUGAUUUGAUAUAAGGCUGCUCAUUUUAAGAGAAUAAAUAAUCCUGUCUGUUUGAAUUUGCUAUUUUAGUGUGCUUAUAAUGUUAAUUAUUAAGUCACAUAUACAUUGACCUUCUAUAAGACGUUUAUUUCUGUUUUGUUUCUUUCAUGCUUUUCUCAAAGGCUGCUUUAAAUCUGCAAUCAGGACUAACAGAAAGACUGCCAAAAGGUCUUUAAAAAAAAGAAAAAUUCAACAUUUUUGCAACAGUGGUGACACUGAUAUGAAAUUAAGUUUUGUACCCCAAUCCUUAAAAAAACCAGAAAUAUUUGCAAAUUCUUUAGGGCACAGUCUCAGCCAUAAGUAACAUUUUAGAAUAUAAAUUAUACACAUAUAUACUACAAUAUAAAAAUAUAUGAGUAUUUUAAAGAGUGGUAAUGCAAGUUUGAAGCAUUGACAUGCUUUACAGAUAAGUCAUCUUGGAUAAAAUCUUGAGGUCUGGUGACUGACUUCAGUGUGAUUCAGAAAUGGCUUGCCAUUUCUACUAUUGGGGAUACUUUUUCAAUUUCCAGUCUAACCUUCACAGAAAUUUCAUUAUUUCCGAAGGGUAUGUCAAUUAAAUGAAAAGUGUUGUGGUAUCUUAAAGAUACAAAUUACAGCAUAUGUUUUAAUGAUGAGUCAAAUUCAUGUGGAGGCCAAAGUAUACAUAAAACCUGAAAGCUAGAAUUUGUAUGUCUUUAAGAUCUCAAAAGAAUCAGGUUAAUUUUCUAAAAGUUUCUUUUUACUAGUAAUGUUAUUAAAAAUUACAAUUACAAUGAUAAAAACUAAUACAAAUUAAAAAAAUUAAAAAUCGGUACAGAAAAAAGAAUAUAGAAAAGUGUGUGUGUGUGUGUGUGUGUGUGUGUGUUUGUGUAUGAGACUUCCCUCUUUAUUACAAGUAUAAGCAAUUUUAAUAACAUACCUCUUAAAAUACAACAGAUGAUCUCUUCUUCCCAUAUCCAUCUUUUAUCUAUGACAAAUCCUUUAAUUUCAGGACCAUUUCAGUCCUGAUAAUCAAAAGUCCACUAACAGUUGCAAGAGAAACAACUUGUCUAUUUAACCAUAAUAAAUAGACCAACUUUAUAUUCCUUUCUUUUACUUUCAACAAUUUUGAUCAUUAGUCCCUUAAAAUGUCCUAAAUUUGAUUUUUAUUUUUUAUUUUUCUCCACACAAUUUUUUUCGAAGCUUUAACAAGAUACUUUUGUAAAUCCAAUAUAGGAAGAUUAUCCCUUUGGUUUGUUAUUUGUAGAUCCCUUUCAGUUAUUAAGACAUCAACCAAUUUCCUUUAUAUAUCUGGUAUAGCUGCUUUUUUCCCACUUUCAGAUCAGUCUCAAUCUUGUCCAAGAAAAUUUGUUCCUCUUAACUUCUUUUAAACAAAGGGCAUAUAUAUGCACAGAUACUCUUAAAAUUAAUUUCUGGGACCAUUAAUCAAAAAUAUUCUUCAAUAUGUUGAAUGUUCUGUUUUGCUCUAUUUGUAAGUCAAAUUUAAGUGUUCUCCUUUAAUUGUGAUCUUCAAUUCCUUCUAGUUUCCUCUAAUGCCCAACUUUCAAUCCUAUCUUAUGUUUUUUAGAGAAUUCAAAGCAAAGCAUUUUCCCAUGGAAAAGAUUCUCUGUAAUUAAUUCCAAAAUAUUGUUUCAAUUUUUUUCUGGACCCUUAGACUCUUUGUAGCUUCCAAACAUCAAAGUUUUAAUCACCCUUUUUCUAUUUAUUCUAGAUUUUUUUUUAAGUUCUUGCACUUGCGUUUAAAACUUCUUUCACUAAGAAUUUAUGGUACUAUUGAUCCAAACAUUCCUAUUGUAAUAGCUGAAAAACAGUUAACAACCAAUUUCUGAAAGUAAUAAGAAAAGGAAGCAUGGAAACUCUGUGUCCUUUCAAAGGCUCCAGUUCAGCAAGAUGGCUAUUCCAGUGGUGAAAUCUACUUACCUUCACUACUGGUUCAGGAAUGGGAGCGCACGCCUCUUCUGCGCAUGUGCAGAGAGUCAAAAACGGGACAUAGUGAUGUCCCAGCGGGUGGGCAGAGCCUCCCGCUGCUGCCGCUACCAGUUCACAUGAGCUGGAUAGAUCCGGCUGGAUUUCACUGCUGGGCUAUUCCCUUGUCUCCCACAGCUGCUACCUUGCCAUCUCCUUGCAAGAAGUAACUGUAUGGAGCAAUGAUGGGCAAUCUGACGUUUUCUCCUUGCCCAGGGAGGAAUUAUGAGUUGAUCUUAUUGGCUCUUCAUUCUGCCAUGUUGUUUUUAGUUCUCCUAUUUCUUCUUUGGAAGUAUUUUCUAAAUGUUUCUGUUUAUAAAGGAUUGAAUACCAAAAUCCAGAAUGAUAGUGGUUAGAUAAGCUAGGUCUGCUCUUUCAAAUAACUAAGCAUGAUGAAACUCUUUACAUAUUUUUAUAGACUGGGCACUAGUCAAGAAAUUUGCAACUGCGCUCUUAACCAGACUGGCAGCACUAAAGACACUAGACUUUUAAAAAAAUUGGCUGUUAAGAAGGAUAUUUCAGCAGAUUUGGGUUAUGUUUUGGAUUUAUAUUACUUAGAUUAAAUAUUUCAGGUAAAUGUGAUAGAUUUACAUUUUUGGAUUAAUGUUAAUUAUGUAUUUAAUAUAUUGAUAGUUGUAUGAUAAUUUGUACAUAGUGAAUUGUAAUGGCACCCUUGGAAUAAAAUAUACUAGGGAAGGAAUCCAACCAAGCAAUUUGCCAUCUCAGUGUUCCUUAGCUUUGCAUCCUAGAACCCUACAAUGAUUAUACUUCUAUAUUUAGCUUCAAUUUCAAAAUGCAGAAUUUUCAGCUGGGGAGGGGCUAAUUUGCAGGUAUAGGAUUAUCUGGCUGACCUCAAAAUAAUCUCCAACUCAAAAUUUUUUAGAAAAGUGUAAAUGCUUAUUUCUUUUUCUUUUGCACAGAAUAUGGAACAAUAUGUACUGUAUUGUUAAAAAUCUGAUUGUGUAAUACCAAAACACACCACUUGUAAACUUAGACUAGAAAUGCUUCAGUGUAUGUUGCAACUAUAAAAUAAUUCAGUUCCGCAAGCAGCAGCUUGAUAGUUUAAUUAUAGCUUUUUACCGGUUCUUCAGUGUUUAUCAUAAUGUAAGACAGUCCAUAAUUGCAGAACAAGAAAUACUUUGAUUAAUACUGUUGCAAAUAUUCUCUGUUGUAAAAGCAAAAGUCCUAUCAUUUACAGAUUGCACAAAUGUAUCACAUAGCACAGCCAGAAUCUGGAAGGUUGCUUAGAUCAGGGGUCUCCAACCUUGGUCCCUUUAAGACUUGUGGACUUCAAUUCCCAGCCAGAGCAAAGCUGGUUGAGGGACUCUGGGAGUUGAAGUCUUAAAGGGACCAAGGUUGGAGACCCCUGGCUUAGAUGAUAUAGUGAUCUGUAAUAUUCAAGCACCAAGAAUCUCCCUGCAAGCCCUAAAUGUCUCUUUAAGAACAGCAAUCCUGUAAAUUUUUUUCAAAUACCUCUGAUUAAGAAAAGGGAAGCACAGUUGUAAUGCAUCUGUUUUGGUGAAUACACAGAAUUACUAAUCUAAAUGUUCUUGAUGCAAUUACAUUAUCUUCAUAAUAAAGCAAAUCAAUAAAGAACAAAGAAACUUCUAUUUUCUGUGUAUUCACAAUGCUUUGGAAAUGUUUAUUGAUCUCAAUCUUAAUUGUUCCACAGUCUUGAAAAAUAUAUAUUUUGAAUACUCAGUGGGACUCUGAUAUAUAUCUUGAACAGAAUUUCUCCCUACUAUAUGGCAUGUUAUUUUCUCUAUCUAUCUAUCUAUCUAUCUAUCUAUCUAUCUAUCUAUCUAUCUAUCUAUCUAUCUAUCUAUCUAUCUAUCUAUCUAUCAUCUAUCUAUCUAUCUCAAAUGGUUACAUGAAAGCUCUUGAAUUAACUUGUCCCUCUGGAUCACAAUGAAAACAUUUAGAAGAGUUUAUAACAGUGUGAGAAGGUGUACAAGGAGUCAAGCCCAGAAGUAGAUUGGUCAAACAGGUCUAAGACAAAAUGUUUGGUGUAAACCAAGAGUUUUCCAUGUUUUGCCAAUGAUGUACAGUUUGAGUUCAUCUUGUGACACACAAAACUGUCCUCUACCUCAUGUGAUUCAAAACUAGACAGAACAAGAGAGAGAUUUUGUACAGUUUUAGUAAAACAAAAAAAAUGCAUUUAGCUGUUCACUUAGUUUACAAAUUUUGGAUUCUAUUUAUUAAAAUAUGACAUACUGUGCUCUUUGCUUAUACCUCAAAUGUAUUUUGUGCAGUUUUCCAUUUUUCAUGCAUUGUAAAUAUCUUGUAUAGUUUGUGAUCCACAUUCAAAUAAACAAUUCAA